UCAGCUACAAGUACAGAUGUCCCUUUGCCUUCACUGCCAUCUCCUUCCUUUUAACUGAGAGUGCCGGGGUGAUGUCCGUGUACCUGUUCAUGAAGAGAUACACUGCCGAGGACAUGUAUCGGCCUCACCUGGGCUUCUACCGCCCUCAGCUGAGCAACUGCUCUGAUUAUUCAGGCCAGUUCCUACACCCUGACGCCUGGGUCCAGGGCCGUAGCCCCUCCGACAUCUCCAGCGAGGCAUCCCUGCAGAUGAACAGCAACUACCCAGCCUUGUUCAAGUGCCCAUACUACGACCAGAUGUCGUCUUUGCCCUGCUGAACCUCGGCCGUGUCUCCCUAGGCUGUGGGUAGCCAG